GCUGCUUCCGGUGCCGCCUCUCGCUGCUUCCGGUGCCGCGUCUCGCCGGUUCCGCGGGGCCCCGGGAGCGGCGCCGGGAGCGGCGGCGCCAUGUGGUUCCUGUACGUGCUGAGCUGGCUGUCGCUGCUGCUGCAGGUGGCCUUCGUCACCUUGGCCAUCGCGGCCGGGCUCUAUUACCUGGCGGAGCUGAUCGAGGAGUACACGGUGACCACCCGGAGAGUGAUCAAAGCCCUCAUCUGGAAAAGUUUGAGGAUUUAUUGGGGAAUUUUUGGGAUUUUUUUGGGGAUUUUUUGGGGGGAUUUUUGGGAGGGCUCCAAAAUUUGGGAUUUUCCUUCCGGAAUGUUCUAAUCCCGAUUUUUUUCCCAUUUUUCUGCAGUUCUGGUCGUGCUCAAUCACUACCUGGCCUUCCAAUAUUUCUCCGAGGAAUUUUACCUUUUUUCCGAGGUCCUGGCCUACUUCACCUUCUGCCUCUGGCUGAUCCCCUUUGCCUUCUUCGUGUCGCUGUCGGCCGGGGAGAACGUCCUGCCCUGCACCGUGCAGCCCGCAGACGACGUCGUCUCCAAUUAUUUCACCAAAGGGAAGCGAGGGAAGCGCUCCGGGAUUCUCCUGAUUUUCUCCUUUCUCAAGGAAGCCAUCCUGCCCAGCAGGCAGAAAAUUUACUGAAAUUCCCCAAUUUUGGGCAAUUUUGGGGAAUAUCCAGGAGAUCCCCGGCCGGAAGAUCCCAAAUUUUUGCCUCUUUCAGCCGGGAAUUCUUUGGGAAUUCAGAGACUUGGACACUCCUGGAGGUGCCGACCACGUUUGGGGGUUUUUUUCCUGCUGAUUCCCUUGGGAAUGUUUCCUGGGGAAAAUGUUGGGAAUUUUGGGAAUUUCCCAGGUUUUUUUUGGAGCUGCUCCUGGAUUGCACAGAGCCCGGGAAUUCCAAAAAAAAUGGGAAAAAUCGGGAGAAAUCCGGAAGAUUCCACGUUGUUCCUUCGUCCCGGUUUUUCCAGAGGGAAUGAUUCCCAAAAAAACCAACAACAACAAAAAAAUCAGGAUUUGGGUGGUUGAAAUCCUGGAAAUUCCCGUUUUUCCCUCCAGCAAAACCUUGGGAAGGAGUGGAUGGGAAGGGAUUUUCCAUGGGAAUUUCGUUUUUCCAGGGAAUUCCCAGAAUUCCAGAUUUUUCUGAUCCUGCAGACGAAGAGGGGGGAACGUUGAGAAUUCCCAAAUUUUUUCCUUCCUCCUUUUCCGAAGGGUGAAAAUCCUCCGAGGGAGCUGCAGAUUUUUUCUUUCCCAUGAGAAAAUUCCUGUUUUUUUUUUUUUCCCGGAUUUUCCCAUUCCCACCCCAGCCAGCCUCGGGAAUUCCUGAUCCAGAGGAUUUUUUUCAGGAAUUCCCCCAAAAAAAUUCCUUUGGAAAAGCUGGAAUUUUGCUCCAAGACCUCUUGGAUUGGAGUUUUCUCGCCGUGUUUUUAAAUUUUAUUUUUUUUUUCCCUCUGGAUUUCCUGGAAAAUUCCAGGAUGGGAAUGAGGAAAAUCAGGAAUUCCUGAUUCCUUUGAAUCCCGAUUUUCCUGGGAAUUUUUCCAGCCGUUUUUCCCUAUUUUUCUAGCCUGGGUUUCCAGGAGCUGAAUCGGAUUUUAGGGAAAUCGUGGAAUUCCAUCAAUAUUUAACCAGGAGAAGGAAAUUUGGGAUGAAACCCCCGGAAAUUUGGGAAUAAAACAUUCCCAGAAACGCCGGGAAUGGCAGGAAUUGACGAAUAAAGUGGAAAAAUCCUGGAUUUUCCUUGGGAA